AUGGAGCGCAGAUGCUCAGAUCGGUGUAACUUUAGUCGGAUCGAUAUCAUCCAGGAAGAGAGUGUCGAAUACGGUAUCCGCAAAGUCCGGAUAGUAUUGGCAGGCACGAGUGGUGUCAGGCAUGAAAUUGAUUUCGAGAAGUGUCGAUUUGAUGACGUCAUCGUUUUCAGGGGAGUGUUGAAGCAUGAUGUCGACACCGUACAUCGCACGGGACUGGACAUUUGGGGCGACUCCACGUGGCGCUUCUUCUCUGGAAAAAAGAAGGAGAUGGUGUGGAGAGAAGGGAUUACGGUAAUCUAG